CAGUGCAGCUCAGACCUGGGCCACAGAAGAGAGAGACGCUGCCGGAGGUUUCCUUCAGCCCCUGGCUCUUCCCAUCCCUGCCCAGCAUCACAAUGUGGUCGCUCCAAGCGAUGGUAACCAGGGAUCUCGAAGUGAUCCCAGCCAGGGAUCUGGACAAGUUCAUCGAACACCACCUCCUGCCAGACACCCCUUUCCGAACGCAGGUCAAGCAAGCCAUUGACACCAUCUGCAGUUUCCUGAAGGUGCGGUGCUUCCUCCAAGACAGAGUCCGGGUGUCGAAGGUUGUAAAGGGCGGCUCCUCGGGCAAAGGCACCGCUCUCAAAGACCGGUCUGACGCCGACCUCGUCGUCUUCCUCAGCCCCCUCACAAGUUUUCAGGAGCAGUUUGAGCGCCGAGGAGAGUUCAUCCAGGAAAUCAGAACACAGCUGGAAGCAUGUCAGCAAGAGAUAAUGUUUACCGUGCACUUCGAGGUCCAGAAAUCUGUAUUUUGGAACCCCCGCGCACUCAGCUUCACCCUCAAAAGCCGCUCUUCCUGGGCGGAGGCGGAGGUGGAGUUUGAUGUGCUGCCCGCCUACGAUGUCCUGGGUCAGGUGACGGGGCCCUACAGACCUGACCCCGACGUCUAUGUCAGGCUCAUCCGCGAGUGCGAGAGACUGGGGAAGGAGGGCGAGUUCUCCCCCUGCUUCACAGAGCUGCAGCGGGCCUUCCUGAAGCAGCGCCCCGCCAAGCUCAAGAGCCUCAUCCGCCUGGUCAAGCACUGGUACCAAAAGUGUAAGGAGAAGCUUGGACAGUCCCUGCCGCCUCAGUACGCCCUGGAGCUCCUGACCGUCUACGCUUGGGAGCGUGCAGGCCGGCAAACCGACUUCAGCACGGCGCAGGGAUUUCGGACCGUCUUGGAAUUAGUCAUGAACUACCGGCAGCUUUGCAUACACUGGACACAGUAUUACGACAGUUCACAUCCUGUGAUUGGUCCAUACCUGCGGAGGCAGCUCCAGAAACCCAGGCCUGUGAUUCUGGACCCAGCGGACCCUACAGGAAACGUUGCUGGUGGAAAGCCAGAACGCUGGGAGCCGCUGGCGGGAGAGGCUAGGCUCUGGAUGACGUACCCAUGCUUUCGCAAAGGAGAUGGGUCUCCAGUGGGCUCCUGGAACAUAUCGGCCUAAGGAGGCGGCGAAGGUGCCUGCGUAACCUCUGCUCUCAAGACACAUCAGCUCCCCUAUGGUGCACAGCGCCCUGGGUCCUUUCACCCCGCAUUCACCACUCGGAGUGCCCCUCCCCCUCCCGGGUGGAAGAGAACAGAGCACACACUCACCUUUCAGAUGCAAAUCAGCCAAUCAGAGCCCAGACUCCCACUCACCCAGGGCAGGCCCCAGAGGACUGGGCACAGCCCCACACUCCAGAGCCCGCUGGAAUUCUUCGCACUGGCCCAUCCUAGCCUGCUUACCCCGCUUGCCUUUCCCGUGGGAACUAUGAUAAAGGUUCUUUUUUGGGUUAAUCCUCACCCACAGUUAUUUUUCCAUUGAUUUUUAGAGACCGUGGAAGGGAGGGGAGAGACAGCGAGAAAUACCAAUGUGAGAGAGACACAUUGACUGGUUGCCUCCCAGAUGCGCCCCGACCAGGGCCAGGCUGGAGCCUGCAACGGAAGUACGUGCCCUUGACGGGAAUUGAACCGGGGACCUUUCAGUCUGAGGGCUGAGGCUCUAUCUACUGAGCCACACCAGCCGGGGCUAUGCUAAAGGUUCUUGCCCAUGUUUUCCCCUCACUCCCUGUGGCUCAACCCCCGUGCUUCCCCGUGUGGCCCUGUGUGGGACCCUACCCCUGUUUCUAGGGAUCUGUGAGUAUAAACGUCUUCCUUCGUGACAAUAUUUAGUUAUUGUCUUUAACAUUCACAAAAUAAAUCACUUGAAAUAAAACAACACUCCCACAAUCUCCCCUCCCACCUGGUAAAACCUGGGGCCUGUCUCCUCAGCCCUUCCUCUGACUCUGCCUGUCUCCCUGGGUGUCUAGUGUCUUUUUAACGGGGUCCUACUCCCUACCCAGCUUUGUCAUCUGCUCUGACAGGUUUACCAUAGUUCUUCAUGCUGAGACGAAAAUUUUGGCAUCACUUGUAACGGCACCAUUCUACCAUGUGGGUGAGCCGCCUGUGUUGUGUUAUGAGAGGUUUUUUUUUUAUUAUAAAAACAAUAUUGCAGUCACCAGUACAUUGAGUUAGUAAUUAGUUGCUUAAUUGAAAAGCCAAACACAUCAUACCGUAGUGCUCAUUUUAAUCUCUUGAGGAAUUCCCAUACUGUUUUCCAGAGCGGCCACACCAUUUCCCAUUCCCACCAGCAGUCCAUGGGCCUUCCCAUUCCUCCACAUUCCCGCCAACACUUGUGUCUUUUGGGGGUUUUUGUGUGUGUGUGUUUUUUGUUGUUGUUUUUUUUAAUGGAAUAGCCAUUCUUCCCUAGCUGGUUUGGCUUAGUGGAUAGAGUGUCGGCCUGCAGACUGAAGGGUUCCGGGUUUGAGCCCCAUCAAGGACACAUGCUGGGGUUGUGGGCUCGAUCCCCAGUAGAGAACAUGCAGGAGGAAGCCGAUCAAUAAUUCUUUCUCAUCGUUGAUGUUUGUAUCGCUCUCUCCCUCUCCCUUCCUCUCUGAAAUCAAUAAAAAUAUAUAUUUUUUAAAAAUGGAAUAGCCAUUCUAACAGGUGAGAGGUGAUAGCUCAUGGUUGUGAUUUGCAUUUCCCUGAUGAUUAGUGAUGUCAAGCAUCUUUUCAUGGGCCUGUAGGCCAUUUGUAUGUCUUUUUUUUUUUUUUUUUUUUUUUGAGAAAUAGCUAUUUAAGUGCUUGGCCCAUUAAUAGUAAUAGGACUAUUAGUUUUUUUUUAAAUUGUUUUGCUCUUGACUUGUGGGAGCUUCUUCUUAUUUUGGAAGUUAACCCCUUAUCAGGUUUAUGGUUUGCAAAUAUUUCCUCCCUUUCCAGGGCUUGCCCUUCCACUCUGUGGAUGCUUUCACUUACUGCGCAGAAGCGCUUUCAUUUGCUGUAGUCCCUCCUGCCUGGUUUUGAUUUUGUUGUCUGUACUUUGCGCAUGCAGUCCACUGAUGUCCAGCAAGGCCGGGUAACUUCCUGCUGGAGAAACGAAAGGUUCUCUCUUCAACAAAUGGUGCUGGGAACAUUGGGUAGGAUGAAUUGUACCCCUACCUUACACCACACACACAAAUCAACUCAAAAUGGGUCAAAGACUCAAAGAUUACAUGGAUUAAAAUCCGACCUCGUCUGAAUUACUAUAAACUUAAAAUAAUUAUUCAUAUCUCAUAGAAAACUCUGUUCUCUCUCUCUCUCUUUUUUUU